CCGCCUGGCCCUGCCAUGGAGACCUUCUUUAGGAGACGCUUCCAGCGGAAGGCGCCGGGCCCUGGGGAGGGGCAGUGGCGGCCCAGCAGCGUGGGGCUGCCCACAGGCAAGGUCCGACGCCGCUCCCCUGCCGGGCAGGCCUCCUCCUUGCUGGUCCAGCGGCGCCGCUCCAGCGCACAGCUUCAGGGCUGCCUCCUGAGCUGCGGGGUGGGGGCCCGGGGCACCAGCCGCCGGCGCUCCAGCACCGUGCCCCCUGCCUGCAACCCCAGCUUCGUCGUGGAUGAGGUGCCCGCCCCCCAGCCUGCCACGGUCGGGGCGCAGCCUCUGGGCACACCCCUGCUGUUGGCUGGGCUCAUAGGCAUGCCUGAGGAGGAGGACGUGGCCGUUGCGGCAUUGAGUGCCCCCCAGCCGGGCGCCAAGAGACCAGGGCCCUCCUCACACCGGGGCACCCUCGUGCCCAUGCUUCGCUGCCUGCACCGGCGCCGGGCCUCGGCCCCCCUGGUCCCUGCGGACGUGGUGUAUGACCGCGCCCUCUGGGGCCUGCAUGGUUACUAUCGGCGCCUCAGCCAGCAGCAGCCCCCCAGCCAGCACCCUGGCCCUGGGGCCCGAAGAGCCUCAGGCAGCACAGCUGGUGCGCUGAUGCCCGCCCGUGCGCGCCCGCUGUCCCGCAGGCGCCAGGUGGCCCUACGGCGCAAGUCAGCAGGACCCCAGACCUGGAGUGCCCUGCUUCCGAAAGCCAUCACCAAGUCGGGCCUCCAGCACCUGGCACCCCCUCCUCCCACUCCCGGGGCCCUGUGCAGCGAGCCAGAGCGGCAGAUCCGGAGCACUGUGGACUGGAGCGAGUCCGCGACGUAUGGGGAACACAUCUGGUUCGAGACCAACGUGUCGGGGGACUUCUGCUAUGUUGGGGAGCAGUACUGUGUAGCUAAGAUGCUGAAAUCAGUGUCCCGGAGAAAGUGUGCAGCCUGCAAGAUCGUGGUGCACACCCCCUGCAUCGAACAACUGGAGAAGAUAAAUUUCCGCUGUAAGCCGUCCUUCCGCGAAUCAGGCUCCAGGAACAUCCGUGAGCCAACCUUUGUGCGGCACCACUGGGUACACCGGCGACGCCAGGAUGGCAAGUGUCGCCACUGUGGGAAGGGCUUCCAGCAGAAGUUCACCUUCCACAGCAAGGAGAUUGUGGCCAUCAGUUGCUCCUGGUGCAAGCAGGCAUACCACAGCAAGGUGUCCUGCUUCAUGCUGCAACAGAUAGAGGAGCCGUGCUCCCUGGGCGUGCACGCUGCUGUGGUCAUCCCACCCACCUGGAUCCUCCGUGCCCGCAGGCCACAGAAUACCCUCAAGGCAAGCAAGAAGAAAAAAAGAGCAUCCUUCAAGAGGAAAUCUAGCAAGAAAGGGCCAGAGGAGGGCCGUUGGAGACCCUUCAUCAUCAGGCCCACCCCGUCGCCCCUCAUGAAGCCCCUGCUGGUGUUUGUGAACCCCAAGAGUGGGGGCAACCAGGGCGCUAAGAUCAUCCAGUCCUUCCUGUGGUAUCUCAACCCCCGACAAGUCUUUGACCUGAGCCAGGGAGGGCCCAAGGAGGCGCUGGAGAUGUACCGCAAAGUGCACAACCUGCGCAUCCUGGCGUGUGGAGGCGACGGCACGGUCGGCUGGAUCCUCUCCACUCUGGACCAGCUGCGCUUAAAGCCACCACCCCCUGUUGCCAUUCUGCCCCUGGGCACUGGCAAUGACUUGGCCCGUACCCUCAACUGGGGUGGGGGCUACACGGAUGAGCCUGUGUCCAAGAUCCUCUCCCACGUGGAGGAGGGGAAUGUGGUGCAGCUAGACCGCUGGGACCUCCGUGCUGAGCCCAACCCCGACGCAGGGCCAGAGGAGCGUGAUGAGGGCGCCACUGACCGGCUGCCCCUGGAUGUCUUCAACAACUACUUCAGCCUGGGCUUUGAUGCCCAUGUCACCCUGGAAUUUCAUGAGUCUCGAGAGGCCAACCCAGAGAAAUUCAACAGCCGCUUUCGGAAUAAGAUGUUCUAUGCCGGGACAGCCUUCUCUGACUUCCUGAUGGGCAGCUCUAAGGACUUGGCCAAGCACAUCCGAGUGGUGUGUGACGGAACUGACCUGACCCCCAAGAUUCAGGACCUGAAACCCCAGUGCAUUGUUUUCCUGAAUAUCCCCAGGUACUGUGCAGGCACCAUGCCCUGGGGCCACCCUGGGGAGCACCACGACUUUGAGCCCCAGCGGCACGACGAUGGCUACCUCGAGGUCAUUGGCUUUACCAUGACAUCUCUGGUGAGUGGGCCAGCAUGGGACCUGCCUGCAGCCCUGGCUCUGUCCCCACACCUGCUCUGCCCACCAGCCGUGCCACUGGGCACCGUGGUGGUCCCCGGAGACAGCGACCUGGAGCUCUGCCGCGCCCACAUCGAGAGGCUCCAGCAGGAGCCCGAAGGUGCUGGAGCCAAGUCCCCCACCUCCCAGAAACUGUCCCCUAAGUGGUGCUUCCUAGAUGCCACCACUGCCAGCCGCUUCUACAGGAUCGACCGGGCCCAGGAACACCUCAACUAUGUGACUGAGAUCGCCCAGGACGAGAUUUAUAUCUUGGACCCUGAGCUGCUGGGGGCAUCGGCCCGGCCUGACCUCCCAACCCCCACUUCCCCUCUCCCCACCUCCCCCUGCUCACCCACGCUCCGGUCACUACCAGGGGAUGCGGCGCCCCCUAAAGGUGAGGAGCUGAUAGAGGCCGCCAAGAGGAACAACUUCUGUAAGCUCCAGGAGCUGCACCGAGCUGGGGGCGACCUCAUGCACCGGGACGAGCAGAGCCGCACGCUCCUGCACCAUGCCGUCAGCACGGGCAGCAAGGACGUGGUCCGCUACCUGCUGGACCACGCCCCCCCAGAGAUCCUUGACGCUGUGGAGGAGAAUGGGGAGACUUGUCUGCACCAGGCGGCAGCCCUGGGCCAGCGUACCAUCUGCCACUACAUCGUGGAGGCGGGGGCCUCUCUCAUGAAGACAGACCAGCAGGGCGACACUCCCCGGCAGCGGGCCGAGAAGGCUCAGGACACGGAGCUCGCCGCCUACCUGGAGAACCGGCAGCACUACCAGAUGAUCCAGCGGGAGGACCAGGAGACGGCCGUGUAGCAGGAGGGACAGGGCCAGCCAGGGGAGCAGCCCCCUCAUCGCCCACCUCACUGCCACAUUCCAGUCGGACGACCACGGGGGGACCCGUGCCCCAGGGAAGGAGCCCCGUGCUGCCCCCUGAGGAGCCGCCCAGGCCUGGGGCUGGACUCUGAGGAGCUGGGGGAUCCCACCUGUCCCCCUGAGGCCCCAGCCUGACCCGGGCCUGACAGGGGAACAAGAAACUGGACUGGGCCGGGCAGGCCUUUGGGGGACUGGGGCGGGACCACCUCAGGGCCGCCGACACCGUCCCUGCGGCGGGUGCCCUCCCUAGGAGUUAGGGGUAGCGGGGGAGGGCAGCGGGGCUUGGGGCCCUUAUCAGGGAGCCUUCGGGAAGAGGCUUCCUAAGCCGCCUGGGCCGCGAGGGCCCGGACUCUGAGCCUGCGGGCAGCUUGGGCCCUCUCUCCUGCCCCGACCCCACCCUCCCCGGGGCUUCCUCCCGGAAACACGGAGCCUGCUGCGUUUGCCUGCCCGCCGCCCUGCUUGGCUCCUGCCCCCCCGGACCCUCCCCGUGUACCCAGUCAUUUCACCACCGCCGACCGUGUGGCCUGGGGGUUGGAGUGGGGCUCUCGUGGUGACAUGUUUACAGCUGGGUGUGACUCAGUAAAGUGGACUUUUUUCCUUUC